CCCUUGGCGGCAUCAGCGGGUCCCAUGGAGGCAGAGGCAUCUCCCUUGGUGGCAUCAGUGGGACCGGUGGAGGCAGAGGCAUCUCCAGAGACGUGUCCUUCUCUUUUGGCAGCAGUGGAGGCAGCGGCAGGACCCCUGGAGGAGGCAGGAGUGGCAGCAGCAGCUCCUCUGGCGCUGGGGGCACUGGCGGCAUCAGCGGGUCGCAUGGAGGCGGAGGGUGGGGCAGAGGCAUCUUCAUCCCUGUUGGCAGUAGUGGAGGCAGCAGCAGCUCCCCUGGCGGCAGAGGCAGGAGCAACAGCAGUGGUCCCCAUGGAGGUGGAGGGAGAGGCAGCAUCAGCGGUUCCCAUGGAGGUGGAGGCAUCUGCCUUGGCGGUAUCAACAGUUCCCUUGGAAGUGGAGAUAGAGGCAGGGGCAGACGCAUCUGCAGAGGCAUCUCCUUCUGUGUUGGUAGCAGAGGAGGCAGGAGUGGCAGCAGCAGCUCCCCUGGCGUCGGAGGCAGGAGCAAUAGCAGUGGUUCCCAUGGAGGUAGAGGCAAAGGUGGCUUCUCUGCCAGCGGCAGUGGAGGCAGCAGCGAGCCGCAGUGGGCUGGGUGCAGAGGGUGGCCCAGGCAGCACUGUACAGCCAGCACACAGCCGUGGGAAGCUGUCCCUACAGAGAUGCGAAAGCUGUGGGGGAGAGGAAGCAAAGUACAGGUGUCCCCGUUGCUUGAAGUACUCUUGCAGUUUGCCCUGUGUAAAGAAACACAAAGUUGCACUGAAUUGUAAUGGAGUAAGGGAGAAGACGGCAUUUGUCUCCAUAAAUGAAUUUAGUGAUUUGAACCUUUUAAGUGAUUAUCGUUUCCUGGAAGAUGUAGGACGGCUGGCUGACAGUGCUGCUCGAGAUGUGUCUUUGCAUAGACGUACAGCUAACAAAAGUAUAAAUGUAUUGAAAAGACGAGCUCGGAAGUACAACAUCCACUUGAAAACGUUACCUAUUGGAUUUUCAAAAAGGAGAGAAAAUACAACCUUCUUCAAUAUUAGGGAACAGAAAUUUUACUGGCACCUGAAACUUGUGUUUCCCCACUGUCAUGCUGAAUACACAAUACGAAGGGUGCCAGAUGAUAAAAUGCUAGGUGAAAUCCUUAAGCAUUAUGUUGAUCCAGUAGAGUCUGAUCCUGUAAUUCGUCAAAGAUUAAAAAUUUACACAAUGUCUCCUGAGUCAGAUGUGCAGAUUUUAAUGAAAGUAGAAAACAGGCAACAUAACUCUGUCAGGUACAAUCAGCUGGAUACCAGUAAAAGCCUUCUAGACAAUUUGAAAGACAAAGUAAUAAUUGAGUACCCAACGUUACUCGUGGUUUUGAAAAAAUUCAGGAAUGGCAUGGUGGUUCUUGGCCAAGAUGCCAGUGACUCCAGUGAAGGCUCGGACAGUGAUAGUUCAUCCCUCUCCUCUCUGGAAGAGGGGGAAAUACGGGAUUGUUCCUGAAAGAUGUAUUUUGACAAAAGGGGUGGGGUCAGUCGACCUAUUAUCUGUAUUCUUAUAUCAUUAAAUCCAUUUUUU